AUGAUUGACAAACUGGAGCGACAUACGGAGACCAUCAACAAAAGACACUGCCGUAGCUUUGACUUCCUCGAGUCAUUGGACGACCCACAGUCCUUUUCUGCCUCAAUGGAAUACCCUUACAAGAGGACUGAGCAUCAGGGGGUGCAUAAAGAGGUGACCUGGAAUGGCCUGGAUCAUCCAGGACACCUCCGUUUCUCCUCCCCUGAUCUGUUUAACACUAGACUACCACCACCACAGCAUGCUAACCCAGACAAAACCAGUCAGGCCGUGAGGUCAGAUUCAAAGAAGAGGACUAGAUCUAAAAGUGCCCCCAGAGUCAAGACCACCUUUACCCCGGGGCCCAUUUCAGUCUCCCCACCAGCAAACAAGAUGGGACGAGAUGUCUCACAGGCUGUACUAGACCCUCUAAGGACAUCUGAACCACACCGGGACUCUUACACCUCUAACCGGGCUUUUUUGAACGAAGUACACCCUAUAAAACUGCAACCACGCUCUCCCCUCUAUGUCUCGGACUGUUUCUCCGAGGUGAGCAAACAGGAUCAGCCUGCCAUCACUCCUCAUGUCAGGUGUCGUGUUGAUAUCAAGCCAGAUGCGGCAGUCCUGCAGCACACAGCCAGGAGGUCUCAGAACAUGAGGACUGAACAUCCCUGGCAGAGAUAUUCCUACUCCAGUCAGAGUAGAGUCCGGCCAUAUUACACAGAGCAACACAUGUCCAGCAGAGACCCUGGGCAGGCUGUCUAUACCAGACCUUACUCCACAAGUGAAGCAGGGCCAUACUUUGCUCAAACACCACAGGCAAGAGCAUACUAUGGGGAAGAUCCCAGAGCAUAUCCUUGUCAGUCAAAUGGCUCCAAGGUGUUCUACAGCAAGCCGUACAACCCCCCAGCAGGACAGUAUAUUCCAUACAAGGCGUAUCACACGGAGGGCCGUCAACAACCACAAAUGUCCCAGGCUUAUGCAGAUGACUGGUAUCGUUCAAGUAUAUCUGGAUACUCAAACCAGUCCUCUCAGCUGACACCACAGAGAGUAAGACGAGAGCCAGUAAUGUCCCCCUGGUUUGCAAACAGUUAUGUGGAGCCAACCAGACUGGUAGCAGAAGUCAGAAACCAUUCCAAAUCCUGGGACAAUAUUCUUUAUCCUCAUCAUGACAGGGAGCAAGCAGUACCCCGUGGACGCAGCUAUGAGAAUCUGUUUUACCAGGGGAGACAUCCUCUGUUUCCUAGUGAUACAUCACAACCAGUUAUACUCAAUCUAUCUUGUUCACCAAGGCGCUAUGCUGCCCGGUCUAUCUCUGAAAACUCCUUAGAGAAAGGACCAAACAAUCCUGGAAGGAACACUAAGGCUGGACUAUGGUUUGCAACUCCUGAGAUCACGAUAACUGACAAUGACAUACGUGCACGCAACCACAAACAGCGAGAUGUGCGUUCAGCCAGCUGGGAUGCACUGGAUUGUGAAAAGGCACCGACUCAAAAUGUUCUUCAUCAUCAAGAGCAGUCAUCUGAGCCAGCAGAACUGACCAAAGACAGAAAACACAAAAAUUAUUCCCUGCAGCAGAGCCUAGAGCAACUGGACGAGCUGCUAGCUGAUCUUGUCAUUGAUUACAAACCACCGACCAACAGGAAGCCUAGUCAGGAUCUAUUGAACCAAAUAAAACAGUUGAUUAGUGAGGAUGAUGAAAAAGGAAAGAUAAAAUCUUUGGGCCUAGAGAGUCUAGGAGGUCUAGAGAGUAUAGGACCUCUCAACACACCACCCUCCUCCACUAAAACCAGCCCUGACACUAUCAAAGACCCAGACAGUGGGUGUGAUGGCUUACAGAGCUUACAGAGGAGUCCAGAGGAGAUCUCCCCAGACCACAGCACAGACGACAAUGACACCAUGAUGUGUGCCAACAGGAAGUGCAAGCGGACAGAGACCCUGUUCAAUGCCUGUCUUUACUUCAAAUCCUGUCAUAGUUGCUACACCUUCUACUGCUCCCGGAACUGCCGUCGGGAUGACUGGGACAGCCAUAAAGAGAACUGUCUGUAUGGGCGUAUCAGCAGUGUGUGCAGACACAUGCUGAAGUACUGCAGAGAGAACUCUGAGAUCCAUAAAGUCUUCUCUCGCAUUUCCAAAGCUGGCUACCUUUCCAGAGGGAGAGGCAUUCUUUUCCUGGGCUUUGCUAACCCAGGGACUGCUGACAAGUUCAUGAAGGUUGGGCUUGAGAGCCUCGUCAUGUCCCCCACAUAUCUGUCUCUCAGAGAGCUGGACAGCUUCAAAGACAACCUGGGGGAUUACUGCAAGGACCUGCAGCAGGCUGGCAAUGAGUAUGACCCCAAUGAAUGUUUCCUCUUGAAUGUAUCCAUAGCUGUUGGUGAACUAGUGCCUAACAGACCCUCACCAAGAGUCCAAACACCAACAGUCCGAAAAUAUGCAAAGAUUUCGUUGGCCUCCUCCAGCCCAGAUAAAAAGGUCUUCAAGAAGGAGAGUGACAUGGAGACACUCAUUCUGACCCCGCCUCCAGGCACACCUGAUAUUGACAAAGAGGGAAAGGAGGGUAUGAAAGCCAGAGAGAUCUGCUUUAUCAAUAUCCAACGUGAGCUCAGGACCAGGGGAGUCUUCCUGCGUCAUGAGUAUCCCAAAAUAUACAAUCAACUCUGUGAGUUUGUGGAGAGCAACAAGAGAUUCACACCCACUACCAUUUAUCCCAUAGAUAAGAGAACAGGGAAGCAGUUCAUGUGUAUGAUCAUGGCUGCUUCUGAGCCCAGAACGCUAGACUGGGUAGGCACCCCCCAUCUCCUGGAUGAUAUUAUAUAG